GUAAAGCGACACGUCCACUGAUUAGAUAAUUGGCAACACCUUGAGGGCUUUGCUAACACUCUGCUCCCCUCGGGUUGUUUUAAACGUAGUUUAGCGGUAAUAUCGAAAGGAAAACACUCAUUAAAUAUUAUGAUGCCCAAGGUAAAUUAUACACUUCUGACCUUAUUUGUCGGCGCGUUAUUAAUGGUGAGCUGUCAAAGCACUGAAGAUUCGGAAGAUGGAGGAGAAAUUCCCACACUGGAAGUGCCUUUCGUAACCAACUCCAGUAACGUCACUCAGUUUGCUUAUGGGUUGGCUGCAAAUAUUGCCUCUAUACUGUUGUAUGGCAGCACAUUUGUUCCUGUGAAGAGAAUAGAGACGGGGGAUGGUAUGUUCUUUCAGUGGGUGAGCUGUGCUGCAAUUUGGGUGGUGUCAAUGAUUGGAGAUUUGAUGCUUCACUCACCCAAAUUUUACCCUUUGGCAAUGGUUGGAGGUGUGAUAUGGGCUACAGGGAAUACUGCAGUUGUUUCUAUUAUUAAAUCGGUUGGCCUUGGUCUUGGAAUGUUAAUUUGGGGCUCCUCGAGUAUGUUAAUGGGCUGGGCCAGUUCAAGAUUUGGCUGGUUUGGGGUUGAUCCUGAGAACGUGUCAAGGCCAAUGUUGAAUUAUUGUGGAGCCGGUUUAUGUCUGCUCAGUGGCCUGAUCUUUUUCUUUGUGAAAUCUGACACAGACCUUCAUCCUGCAUUGGAAUCGGUUCCAUUGCUCCUAGAAAGGAGGGCAAAUUCGGGGAGUUACGGACAGUGUUCCUCUGAAUUCUGGAUAGAUGCUGUUGGACCAAAGAACCGACGACUGAUUGGUUGUCUGCUUGCUGUUACGGUAGGCCUGCUGUAUGGUUCCUGUUUUCUACCCAUUCUCUACAUAAAAAGCCAUUCAGUAUGCCCUGACAGCAUGUUCUUUGGAGCCAGUGUCUACGAUCUUGACUACGUUUAUGCACAGAACUCUGGCAUUUUCCUCGCAAGCACAGUGUAUUUUGCCAUCUACUGUUCUGUCAUGAACAACAAGCCCAGGAUUUACUCCAAAGUCAUCCUGCCAGGACUUUUGUCUGGCCUAAUGUGGGCCUUGGGGACAUACUGUUGGUUCCUGGCCUGUGACUACUUGACUCCUAUCAUUACGUAUCCUAUUGGCACUGCAGGCUAUGGUCUGGUUGCAGCGCUAUGGGGAUCAUUAGUGUUUAAAGAAAUAAAGGGUGUUACAAACUGUUCCAUCUUCAUCUUUGCUUCAUGUGUGGUGGUGACUGGCUCCGUGCUCACGGCCCUUUCAAAGAUCUAACGGUGUAGAACGCAGUUGAGUGAAAACAUUAUCAUUUUCCCAAUGCCCUUUUAUAAAGGAAAAAAUAAGUUAAAUCUAAAGAAGGAAAAAGAUUAAGUUGGCCUGUUGUUGCAAUAUCCAUUGUAAUAAAAUGCUUCUCUAAUGCCGACAAGUUAUUUUAAAGAAGCUGUUGUACUAAAAUACUUCCCAGUUCUAUUUGUAUUUUCCAUUACCUUUUCCUAUGUAAAGACUUGACACGUGUUUGUACUAAUACAGAAAAUAUCGAUUAAAAAAAAAUUGUCUGAC